CAUGGUGCACCAUCUCAAGUCAUGAGGACACAAAGUGCACAGCUUUCAGUGAAAAAGUGAAAAACCUCCCUCAGGCUGCUGCUACUCUUGCCUGUGUGAGGAAAGGCUCCUACCAUGAGUGCAUCCAGGCCAUUGCGGACAACAAAGCAGAUGCUGUGACACUGGAUGCAGGUUUGGUGUUUGACGCGGGCCGAGCCCCAUUCAACCUGAAACCUGUAGUGGCAGAGUACUACGGGUCAAAAGAGAAUCCACAAACCAGCUAUUAUGCUGUGGCCGUGGUGAAGAAGGGCAGCGGCUUCCAGCUGAAUGAGCUUCGAGGCAAGAAGUCCUGCCACACAGGCCUUGGCAGGUCCGCUGGGUGGAACAUCCCCAUGGGCACACUCUAUUCUGAAUUGCCUGAGCCACAGGAAUCUCUUCAGAAAGCAGCGUCCAAUUUCUUCGCGGCCAGCUGUGUCCCCGGUGCGGAUGGGACAGCCUUCCCCAAACUGUGUCAGCUGUGUGCUGGGAAAGGGAAAGACAAGUGUGCCUCCUCCCACCAUGAACCGUACUCUGGAUACUCGGGUGCCUUCAAGUGUUUAAUGGAUGGUGCUGGGGAAGUGGCCUUUGUCAAACACUUGACGGUAUUGGAGGACCUUCCACACCAGGCUGACAGGGACCAGUAUGAGCUCCUCUGCAGGGACAACACCCGGAAGCCAGUAGACAAAUAUGAGGAGUGCCACCUGGCCGCUGUCCCUUCCCAUGCCGUUGUGGCCCGAAGUGUAGGUGGCAAGGAGGACUUGAUCUGGGAGCUUCUCAACCAGGCCCAG